AUGACGUUGGGCUCACAGAUUGGCCAGCUUCAAAAAUGGGUAUCGGGUCACCCACCAAGUGCCGAUUAUGGCGAGUUGCUGGGGACAAAACACGGUGACGUGAAACUGGGGACAUCCUCGGAUCAGCAGACCCUCAUCAGGGGACUAGACUCAGACCGUCUGUACGAGCUGUUCUCUCAGAUUGAGAAGGAGUUCGAGUACCUCUACGCCUCCAAUCUUGCAUUGCAAGACAAAGUCGACUUCCUGACGGAGAGGCUCGGUGUGGAUGGUGGCACGGCUGACAAAACUCCGCUACUAGAAGCACAAGACUCCACUGAUGGCACCAAGAACAAAAGUAGAUUCCAGUUGUCACAGAAGAUCAAGACCACAUACAAGCAGUCAACCAGCAAGCUGGUCUCCAGCUUUCGAACCCCCAACCCUGUCUACAGCGUUGUCCGUCAGUUCAGGGGUCACCGGGAUGGCGUCUGGGAGGUUAGUGUGUCAAGGUCACAGGGGCGUCAGGUCAUUGCCACUGCAUCUGCUGAAUUUUUGUUCGGACUGCUGGGCUUCACUACGUGGGGGCCCAAGGGGUCCUCAAAAUCCAUCGGGUUUCCCCCCCACGACCCGGUCCUACUGCCUCGGGGGCCCACCCCCCCACAUCUGAGGGCACAGCGGGGCCCCCGAUACCUCACCCGAUCCCCGGGAGGGACACUGGGAAUCAAUGAAUGGGGGAAGUCACAUUCCUCGGGCGAGGAGGAGAUUGACAGCUCAGAGCGGGAGGAUGCUCCAGAUGAUGUACCGGAUCAUUCUCACGAAGCCAGCGUGGUACGCAACCCUCACCUGGAAAUCUUACAGCACAGCGAAGUGGUCACAGCUGCCGACUGGGUGUGUCAGGGGUCACAGGUUAUCACAGCUUCGUGGGACAGGAUGGCUGUGUUGUCGGACGCAGAAUCUGGGGAGCAGAUUUCGGUUCUCUCAGGCCACGACCAGGAGCUGACCGAUGUGCAUGCUCACCCCAGCCACAAGAUGGUUCUGACCUCCUCCAAGGACAGCACCUUCCGGCUGUGGGACUUCCGCGGCACCUCCAUGCUGGUCAACGUCUUCCAGGGGCAUACACAACAGGUGACCUCAGCUGUGUUUGCAGGCAGUGACAAGGUUGUGUCUGGAAGUGAUGACCGCACAGUCAAAGUCUGGGACAUGCGAAACAUGAGGUCUCCCAUAGCUGCCAUUAGAACUGACUCGGAGGUCAACAGAUUGGCCGUGUCUCAGGCUCACAACAUCAUCGCCAUCCCCCACGACAACCGCAACAUCCGGCUGUAUGACAUGCAUGGAGUCCGCAUCGGCAGGCUGCCCCGUAACAACAGACAGGGUCAUGCCAGAAUGGUUUGUGCUGUGGCCUGGGCAGACAACAACCCAAUAUGUAAUCUGUUCUCCUGUGGCUUUGACCGCCAGGUCCUUGGGUGGAUGAUCAACAUUCAGAGCAAAGAAUGA